CCGAAUAAAGCAUUAGGGUUUCUUCAGCUGCCGAAAGCGAGAUAGUUAGGGUUUUGGUCCCGAGAGAACUGCAAGUCUGCAACAAUGGUGGAGAAGCCGAGUAAAGGUGGAAGAAAAGAAGAGGUGGUUACUAGAGAGUACACCAUUAAUCUCCACAAACGUCUACACGGAUGCACAUUCAAGAAGAUGGCUCCCAAGGCUAUAAAGGAAAUCAGGAAGUUUGCCCAGAAAGCAAUGGGGACAACUGAUAUUAGAGUUGACGUGAAGCUGAACAAGCAUGUAUGGAGCCGAGGGAUCAGGAGUGUGCCAAGACGGGUCCGUGUACGAAUUGCCCGAAAGAGGAAUGACGAGGAAGAUGCCAAAGAGGAGCUCUACUCAUUGGUUACUGUUGCAGAGGUCCCACCUGGGGGGCUGAAGGGUUUGGGAACCAAGGUCAUUGAAGAAGGGGAGUGAACUAACAUACUCUUUUUAUUGAGGUAAACUUUCAAUUUUGGUCCAUGUAGUUUGGAAAUUUGUUGAGGUAAAACUUCAAUUUUGGUCCAUGCAGUAGUUCAGAAACUUCGUCCUUGGUUUUGGAUUUUGCAACAAAUUUUCUGGGAAAGGCUAAUGCGAUUUGAAUUAUUAACAGCGUCAUUCCUGUAAGAUUGAGACUUGUUAAUAUGUACUAUUGCGCCCCAAAUAGUAUUAGCAUGAGACUGUGACAAUCAAAUUAUGCAAUGAAUUUGUUUACAAAAUAAACCAGAGAAUGGAAUUUCUCUUAG